AUGUCUUCUUUUUUCACGGUCCCCGCUUCGCAGCGCAAGCGCAAGAGAGACGACCGCAACGCGGCCCCGGCAACUAAGAAACGAGGUGUCGACGCAAAGAACGACGGCGCAGGAAAUCGCUAUGCCAAGGAAAGAGAGGACUCGAUCUCUGGAAGUGAUCUGGACGAAGACGAGAACGACAUUGUCUCUAGUGGGUCGGGGGAGGAGUCCGAAUCCGACUCGGACGAUGGCGAAACGGCUGGAGACCGAAGAUUGAAGCUCGCCGAACGAUACCUGGAUAACAUCCGGGAGGAAGUUGACGAAGUUGGCUUCGAUGCGGCAGAGAUUGACAGGGACUUGAUUGCUGAACGAUUGAAGGAGGAUGUGGACGAAUUCAAGGGUCGCACGUUUCGCAAAAUCGCUUCCAAACUAUCCUUGCCGACCGCAUCGCAUUCUUUCUUCCGUUCAGAUACCCAGACUACUACAUCUAUCGCUGUUCACGCACCUUACGUCUACACCGUCUCCAAAGACAAGACUUUGACCAAAUGGGAAUUGGCGACACCCAAUGACCCCAACGCUGCUCAUAAUGGAACAUCCAAGCGGCCACCGCCGCCUCAGCGGAAGAAGCCGAAGCGUUUGAGAUAUGCUCGGGGAGUGCGCAAGAUUGCUGAGACUGGCGAGGAACAUGGUCACACUGGAAGCAUCCUUACUGUUGCGGUUUCCCCUUCGGGGCGCUUUGUUGCGACGGGCGGUGCUGAUAACAAGCUCAUCAUUUGGGAUGCCGAGACUCUUACGCCUACUAAGACCUUUACGCAACACCGUGAUUCUGUCAGCAGUCUUUCCUUCGCCCGCCACAUCUCGACAAUGAGCUCAGGAGAACAACUUUUCUCCGGUUCAUACGAUCGAACAAUAAAGACAUGGUCCGUUAGCGGAGCGGGCCAUGCUUACGUUGAGACUCUUUUUGGACAUCAGUCCGGAAUCGAGCAGAUUGCAGCCAUGACUAUCGACGAGUGCGUGUCUGUCGGCGGACAAGACCGCACAUCACGUCUGUGGAAAGUCGUCGAUGAAACGCAGCUGGUUUUCCGUGGCGGUGCUCCCAAGAGUGCGCGUUACCAUGAGAGCCAUCUUGACUGCGUUGCCCCUCUUCCACCAGCUCACUUCGUCACUGGCUCCAACUCUGGCAGUAUUUCGCUGUGGUCCAUCCACAAGAAAAAGCCCCUGCACACAAUCCCUCUAGCACAUGGACUGGACUGCAUUCCGCCAUUGGAUCAGCUUUCCCCUGAGGUGGAUAUAGACACCGCUGCACGCAAUGCUCGUCACAUGCGCCCAAUGCCUCGCUGGAUCACAGCACUUACCACUCUUCCGGGAACUGAUGUCGUCCUGAGUGGCUCAUGGGACGGCUGGGUUCGCGCAUGGCGCAUUUCGGAGGAUAAGAAGACCAUUAUCCCAUUGGGGCCUGUCGGAAACGGCUCUCCAAAUCAGUCUCCUGAUACUCCCUCGAGGCAGCUCAGCAACACUCCUGAGCACGACACCCCCAACCCCAAUGAAAUGGACCAAGACGCACAGUCAGAGAAUCAGAACCUGGAACCCGGACAUCUUAUUAAGGGUGUGAUUAAUGACAUUGCCGUCUUCGAACGCCGUCCGGAAAGUGAUCUGCCAGGCCAUGCACCCAAGUCCAAUUCUCAGUCAAAAUCCGAGUCCAAGAUCAGGGGCUUGUGUAUUGUUGCAGCUGUUGGCAAGGAGCAUCGUAUGGGCCGCUGGAAGUGCUACGCCAACAACUAUUCCAAGGGGACAUCUCCUGAGGGUCGCAAUGGCGCCGUUGUGUUGGAGGUCCCGUUCAUCUCAUCCAGCACUGAUAUUGAUGAGACCGAUGUAUAA